CAAACUGACUCUUAUCUGCCGGCAUUUUAUUUUUAUUUUCCCUGUGCCAAGCCGCAGCUCGUAGAUUAAUCUCCUGGUUUGUUGUUCGGCGACAGUGUCACAGACAAACGAAGGUUCUUUGUUUUUUUGCCAACGGUAGCCUGCUACACAAUGCCCGGGUUUUCAGACAGAGAUCGCGGCAGAGACAGAGGGUAUGGUGGUGGACCCCCUCGUUUUGGUGGUGGUGGUGGUGGAGGAGGCAACAGAGGUGGACCUCCUCCAGGAAAAUUUGGCAACCCUGGUGAGAGGCUGCGGAAGAAGCACUGGAACCUUGACGAGCUUCCCAAGUUUCAGAAGAACUUCUACCAGGAGCACCCGGAUGUCACCCGCAGACCAGUUCUAGAGGUUGACCUGUACCGAAGAACUAAAGAAGUUACGGUCAAAGGCAGAGAGUGCCCCAAACCAAUUAUGAAAUUCCACGAAGCUGCAUUUCCAAGCUAUGUCAUGGAUGUUAUCGCCAAACAAAACUGGACUGAACCAACCUCUAUUCAGUCUCAGGGGUGGCCAGUUGCCCUUGGUGGCAAAGACAUGGUUGGCAUCGCUCAGACUGGAUCUGGAAAAACCCUUGCAUACCUCCUGCCUGCAAUUGUGCACAUCCAGCAUCAGGCAUUCUUGGAGCAUGGAGAUGGACCUAUUUGCUUAGUGCUGGCACCAACCCGUGAGCUGGCUCAGCAGGUGCAACAAGUGGCUGCUGAAUACGGCCGGGCCUCCCGUCUCAAGACAACCUGCAUCUACGGUGGUGCACCCAAAGGACCCCAGAUCAGAGACCUUGAGAGGGGUGUUGAGAUUUGCAUCGCUACCCCAGGUCGGCUCAUUGACUUCCUGGAGUGUAGUAAGACAAAUUUGCGUCGUUGCACCUAUCUGGUGCUGGAUGAAGCUGACCGAAUGCUGGACAUGGGAUUUGAACCUCAAAUCCGCAAGAUAGUUGAACAAAUCCGGCCAGACCGCCAGACUCUGAUGUGGAGUGCCACCUGGCCCAAGGAAGUACGCCAGCUGGCUGAGGACUUCCUGAAGGAUUAUGUCCAGAUUAAUAUUGGAGCACUUCAGCUCAGUGCUAAUCACAACAUCCUGCAGAUCGUUGAUGUUUGCAAUGACAUGGAGAAGGAGGACAAACUGCUCCGUCUGCUGGAGGAGAUCAUGAGUGAAAAGGAGAACAAGACCAUCAUCUUUGUGGAGACCAAAAGGCGUUGUGAUGAGCUCACCAGGAGGAUGAGACGAGACGGUUGGCCAGGAAUGGGAAUUCAUGGUGACAAGAGCCAGCAGGAGAGGGACUGGGUCCUUAAUGAGUUCAGAUAUGGCAAAGCUCCCAUCCUCAUUGCUACGGAUGUGGCCUCCCGCGGCCUAGAUGUGGAGGAUGUGAAAUUUGUCAUCAAUUAUGACUACCCUAACUCCUCCGAGGAUUAUAUCCACCGCAUUGGACGCACAGCCCGCAGUCAAAAAACGGGCACAGCAUACACCUUCUUCACCCCCAACAACAUGAAACAAGCCAGCGACCUGAUCGCUGUGCUCCGCGAGGCUAACCAGGCCAUUAACCCCAAGCUGAUCCAGAUGGCAGAGGACAGAGGAGGUCGUGGAAGGGGGGGAAGAGGUGGCUACAAGGAUGACCGUCGCGAUAGGUAUGGGGGUGGGAGGAGCAAUUUUGGCGGUGGCAGCUACAGGGAUAGGGAAAGCGAUAGAGGGUUUGGCAGUGGGCCGAAGAGUACCUUCGGUGGCGGCAAGGCCCAAAAUGGUGGCGCCUAUGGAGGCAACAGUGGUAACUCUAGUGGCAGCUAUGGCAACAGCAAUUAUAGCAACAGCAACGGACAGGGUAAUUUCGGUAAUCCGACAAACCAGGUGGGUGCCUUUGGUAGCCAAAGCUUUCAGGGCCCCCCUCAGUUCGGGGCCAUGCAGAGGGCUGCUCCGAAUGGAAUGAACCACCCGCCAUUCCCGUUCAAUUCUCAGGCCCCACCACCACAGGCCCAGCAGGCUGCACCUCCACCACCCAUGAUGCCCUACCCAAUGCCGCCACCUUUUCCACAGUAGAUAUUAUAUGAGCACAAUAAAUGGGAACCAACAUGAUUUUUGUUUAGUCUUGAAAUCUUACAGUAUGACUAAUAUUAUUAUUAUUGUUAUUCAUGUUUACUCUGAACUGUUUUAACUUUGUUUUGCUUACAGCAGGGUUGGAAUAAUUCAAUAAACCCAGAGCAUUAAGUGGCGUCAUAGACACGUCUCCUAUAGUGCAACUAUGAUUGCUGCACUUUUCCUUGACUGUUUUUUGUUACAUUCCUCAGUAAUUUAUUUUUACUAGGUAAUGCAGUGUUUUCAGUUUGUGUUCAGUUUAAAGCGAUGUUCUUGAAGAUAUGAAAAGGGUGCGUGUGGCCCUUUUGAAUAAAAAGAGACAAUGGAAA